AUGGGGAAAGAGGCGGUGACGAAUGAGGGCGAGAGAGAACAUGCAGCAGAAGGCGCUGCUGGCGCUGCUGCACCUCCCGUCCAGCAGCUAUCGCUCAGCCGCAGGAGAGCAAAGCAUCCGAUGAGCCCCGCGGAGGCUUGUGAAAUUAUUAGCAAUGCUUGGCGGAGACGCCUCGAAAGGGAACACAGGCUGCUCGAAGAGCUGAAAGAAGCUGCAACUCUACUGCGGAAUGAAGCAGCAUGCGUUGUGCAAAGUUGUUUUCGAGGCUUUCUGCUUCGAAAAGCGCUGGGAGAGGAACUGCAGACGACCGUCAUCAGGUGGAAAAAUCCUCCGCCAGGGAAGCGUCACGAGGCGGAAGUUUCGAUUCCUGAUCCACCAAAGUGGACAAAGAAGAUUCCGAUGCAUUUCUGCCCUGUUCGGCAAACCUACGUAUGCCCCGUACCCGUGGUCAAGGGCCGGCUGCUCGUGCGGCUCCUCGUUGACGACAAGGCUGUUCCGCUCCAGCCAUUCACCACCGAAGGCGAAGAUCCAGCAGCUCGCCCUGGGGUGCUGCUUCUUCCUGGGUCUUCUCUACGGGAUCGCAUCGCCCCCCAGUACCCUUGGAAAGCAGCGCGACAGUGGCUGCAGCAGCAGCAGCUGCAGCACGAGCAGCGGCUGCAGCUGCAGGAGUUACCGGAGACGCAGGAGCAGCUAAAGGAACAACAGCUGAAGCUGCAAGAGCAGCAGGAAGCAUCAAUACCGGGGCAAGCAGCUCAGCAUUUCUUAGAAAAGGGAGAGCUUGAGGCCCCCAUGAGGCCCCCCCGCCGCUUGGGGCCGGGCCUCUUAGGCUCCGGCGCCGCGCAGGAGGAUGCCUGGAGCAGCAGUCAAUAUGAAUCAAAUGUUUACUCGUGGGGGGCCCCCUGCAGGCCACCGUGGAGCCCCAACAGCAGCAGCAGCGAGGAGCGUGAGCUGUCGCCGUUGCAGCGGAGGCCUUCAUGGGCUUCGGGGGCUAGACUCAACAAAGGGAGACCCGCACGCUUGCCGCCCCGUUGGAGGCAGUAUGAGCAGCAACAACAACAGCAGCAGGACCGAGAGCAAGAUGGACAGGGGCAGCAGCGGCAGCAGCAGCAGCAGCAGCAACACAGUCAGCAGCAGGGUUGCAGCCAACACCAACAUGAACGAAUGCCCACGCCAUCCUCAAACAGCAACAGCAGUGCCACCUGGUCGGAAGCAGAGAACGCGGGUUCCCUUUACAGUCCUACCAACAGCUCAGGAGAACCAACAGCAGCAGCAGCAGCAGCAGCAGCAGCAGGAGCAGCAGCAACAUCUAAGACAACGGCGGCAACAGCAGCAACCGCCUCUGUCGCUGUAUCUACUUCUUGCGUGGAUGCUUCACGCGGCCUUUGCAGCCCUGAACUCCCUACUGCCCCGAGCUACUGGGCCGUUUGCCAUUCAAUUGAUUCUCCUAGAGCCCUAUCACCAACAGAAGAGAUAUCUGUUACCCCUAUGAGUACUUCUGUGUCUCAGCAGCAGCGAUGGGAGCAACCACAACACAAGUUUUCUUUAUCUCCCCCAGAAGCUCAAAGCAAAGACAUUCUUAAGACACCUUGUAAAGAAACAAACUGGCCCCCAAGGAUAGAUGAGGAUUACCCCUGGAGGACCUUCUUAAGACACCUUGUAAAGAAACAAACUGGCCCCCAAGGAUAG